AUGCAGCACUAUGGGGUGAACGGCUACUCUCUGCACGCCAUGAACUCGCUCAGUGCCAUGUACAACCUGCACCAGCAGGCGGCCCAGCAGGCCCAGCACGCCCCUGACUACCGGCCCUCGGUGCAUGCACUUACGCUGGCUGAGCGCCUGGCCGGCUGUACAUUUCAAGACAUCAUCUUGGAGGCCCGCUAUGGCUCCCAGCACCGCAAACAGCGCCGCAGCCGCACAGCGUUCACGGCUCAGCAGCUGGAGGCCUUGGAAAAGACCUUCCAGAAGACUCACUAUCCGGAUGUAGUGAUGCGAGAGAGGCUGGCCAUGUGCACCAACCUGCCUGAGGCCCGCGUGCAGGUGUGGUUCAAGAACCGCAGGGCCAAGUUCCGGAAGAAGCAGCGCAGCCUGCAGAAAGAGCAGCUCCAGAAGCAGAAGGAGGCCGAGGGCUCCCAUGGGGAAGGCAAGACCGAGACCCCAAGCUCCGACACCCCACUGGAGACGGACCAGCCCCCCAGCCUGCCCACUGGCGACCCCCCUGCUGAACUCCACCUGAGCCUGUCUGAGCAGUCGGCCAGCGAGUCAGCCCCCGAGGACCAGCCUGAUCGGGAGGAGGACCCCCGGGCAGGGGCCGAGGAUCCCAAAGCGGAGAAGAGCCCUGGGACUGAGGUCAAGGGACUGGGCUGCAAGAGGGGCAGCCCUAAGGCAGAUUCCCCAGGCAGCCUGGCUCUGGCUCCUGCAGCCCCUGGGGGCGGCCUCCUGGGCCCCUCCCACUCCUACUCCUCAUCUCCGCUGAGCCUCUUCCGCCUGCAGGAGCAAUUCCGCCAGCACAUGGCGGCCACCAACAACCUGGUGCACUAUUCAUCCUUCGAGGUGGGGGGUCCGGCCCCGGCUGCCGCCGCGGCUGCCGCUGCAGUGCCCUACCUGGGCGUCAACAUGGCCCCGCUCGGCUCACUGCACUGCCAGUCCUACUACCAGUCCCUGUCUGCAGCUGCUGCUGCCCACCAGGGCGUGUGGGGGUCCCCACUGCUGCCCGCACCCCCGGCCGGCCUGGCACCUGCCUCGGCUGCCCUGAACAGUAAAACCACGAGCAUCGAGAACCUGCGGCUUCGGGCCAAGCAGCACGCGGCCUCCCUGGGACUUGAUACGCUGCCCAACUGA